AUGAAAUGUCCUCAGCUCACUCAGUUCUUAUUCUUCUCAAUCGUUCUUUGCCUCAUCGACGCGCAAAAUGACCUCAACACGAUUUUCGAGAAAACAGCAGAUUGGUUCAAGGAGUUUCUUCCGAAGAAUGCGCCCACUCUGGCCAGUCUUCCUUUCAUCCCACCGACAACGCCCAAAAUGAGUUUGUUAAAUUUUUCUCCAAUCUUCCCAACUCCACCACCAAUAUCAAUGAUGAUGUCAAUGUCGAAGCAUGGCUAUCCCCCAGGAAUCUCUCGAAUUCAAGCUCCAAUCUCCUUUCCAACAUUCCCUCCCCUUCCCACCUUCCCAACUCCAAAACCUUUCCCAACUCUACCAACAUCUAAUUUCACAUUUCCACCGUUAAGCGCUAACUCGAUGAAGCUGCUACCCCCAGUAAAUAUCACUCUUGAUCCCGAAGCCUUGAUGUCCGUGCCCGAAAUCGUCACCCAUUGGGGUUACCCAGUCGAGGAGUACAAUGUUGUGACAAAAGAUGGAUAUAUUCUCACUCUACAUCGAAUUCCAUAUGGAAGAAAUGAAACUAGAAGUAAAAAAUUGAGACCAGUUGUCUUCUUACAACAUGGCCUUUUAUGCACAAGCUCGAUUUGGUUACUGAAUUUGCCGAGUCAAAGCGCAGGCUUCGUUUUCGCUGAUGCAGGCUUCGACGUUUGGUUGGGGAAUAUGCGAGGGAACACCUAUUCAAAGUCACACCUUCGGAUGGAUCAUGGAGAUGCAAAAUAUUGGAGAUUCUCUUGGGAAGAGAUGGCUCGUUAUGAUUUGGAGGCGAUGGUCGAUGGAAUUCUCAAUGUCACAAAACAAAAACAGCUUUAUUUCAUCGGUCAUUCUCAAGGCACUCUCACAAUGUUCGCAAAACUCGUGUUGAGUCGGGGAUUCGCGGGGAAAAUCCGGAAAUUCUUCGCGCUCGCUCCGGUGGCUCGAUUGGUGAAUGUGAAGGGAAUGUUUCACACUUUAGGAGAAACAUAUCCACAGUUUAAGCUGUUUUAUGAAAUGAUUGGAGACAAAGAGUUUCUACCAAACAAUAUUUUCACUCGUUUACUCACUGAUGUUCUUUGUGAUAGAAAGAUGAAAAAUCCACUCUGUGAGGAUUUUAUUUAUCAGGUAUCAGGACCGGACAGCAAUCAACUAAACAAAACCCGGAUAGGAAUCUAUUUGGCACAUAAUCCGGCGGGUACCUCUUGGAAAAAUAUCAUUCAUUACGCGCAAAUGGUUAAAUCGGGAAAGAUGCGACCAUUUGAUUAUGGAGCAGAUCAUAGUAUGAAGCUUUAUGGAAGAACACAUCCACCCGAAUUCGAUCUCUCACAAGUUGAGGUGCCUCUUUAUUUGUUUUAUUCGGAUGCGGAUUGGUUAGCGACAAGCAAUGGAGUCGAAGGAUUUAUAUUGAAAAUGAUUGAUCAGAAAUAUAUCAAAUUGUCAAAAAAACUUUCCGAUUUCAAUCACAAUGAUUUCUUAUGGGGUUUGAGAGCAAGAGAAGAGAUUUAUGAUGUAAUUGUGAAUGUGAUUUCUCUUGAUCAUCGAAAAUUUCGAAUACAAGAUGGAGUCAGAAGAUAUCUUGAAGCAAAAUCGAAUCUCUCUCCAAACUCGACGAGUGAUUCUUUUCUCGAAAAUCUUCUUCGUGAA